AUAUACCGAGAAGCGGUGGGUGCGAGAGAGUCGAGUAGAACGGUUUGUGAGAGAGUUCGGGUAUCGGCGUGGCAACGUGGCGAGGGGAAUGUCAGACGUUGUUAAGCUAAACUAGGGGAAACAUCGAGGGCAACCCAUCAGUGCUGCCACCACCGUCCGAGAACGGCGAGAGAGCGCAACCAUACCAUCCGAGCACAACCUACUAUACUCUCCACACUACACAUUACAACUACAGCGAGCCAGAGAAACAGUUGCCAGUUUAACCAGUUUCCAAGUUUUAUUAUAAGUGAGAGAUUCGCCAUGGCCUCAGCGAAAGAUACAGCGACUUUCUUCUCUCAUGGCACGAGUACGCAGUUCGAGCAAGUCCUGAAGCUGUACCCGCAGGCCCUCAGACUCAAGGCGGAGAGGAAGACCAAGAAGCCGGACGAGCUCGUCAAGUUGGACAAUUGGUAUCAGGAUGAGUUGCCGAAGAAGAUCAAGAGCAGGGGAAAGGAUGCGCAUCUGGUGCACGAAGAGCUUUGCCAAACGAUGAAGUGGAAACAGACCAGGGGUAAAUUCUAUCCGCAGCUAUCCUAUUUGGUGAAGGUGAACACGCCGCGCGCCGUCAUGCAAGAGACCAAAAAGGCUUUCCGCAAGCUACCAAACUUGGAACAGGCCAUCACUGCCCUCUCGAACCUCAAAGGAGUCGGAACCACCAUGGCUUCAGCUCUGCUGGCUGCCGCAUGCCCAGAAAGCGCCCCCUUCAUGGCGGACGAAUGUCUCAUGGCGAUCCCGGAAAUCGAAGGGAUCGACUACACUACCAAGGAAUACCUCAAAUUCGUGAAUCAUAUCCAAUCGGCCGUGGAUAGACUGAACAAAACGAAGCAACCGGACGCUACGAUCUGCUGGUCUCCCCAUAAGGUGGAACUCGCCAUUUGGACCCACUUCAUCGUAUCCGAGCUGAAGCCAGAACUGCUCUCUACAGUCGGGAUGGAAAACGGAAACUCAAUAUCGUCAGUCUUGCAUCAAAACGGGGACUCGUUGGAUGCGACCACCUCGGAUGAGAGCAACCAAGGACCGAUGAACGGCAAGACGACGACAGUCCUCGAUGAGGAUACUACCACUUCCUUCACGGAGGACAGCAUGGACAAGCCCUCUACGCCGAUCAUCGCCAACGAGGAAACAAAUGACAGCAUCGUGUCGGACUCCACGAACGACUCGACGACCGUCGAGUUCAACAAGAGACCCCUCGAUGACGACUCCAAUUCCGACGACCAACCCUCUAGCAAGAAAAUUAAAAAUAAUAUAGGUGAUAAGUGACAACUCCAAUCUAUUCCGUAAUUAAGUUUCUUUCUCUUUAUAAUUAUUAUUUUUUUAAAAACAAGUAAAAAAAAGCAUACAAGUACACAUGUAAGAA